UUGCCCCUAACAAUUUGUUUUCAACCUAAUUCUACCUAUUUCCAAUUAUUGCCACAUCACUGCUACAUAAAUAUUUUAUCAACAACAAAGUUACAUCAGUUAUUACUUCUUAAAAGAAAUCAUAUCAUGGCAACUAUGGAUGUGUUGAGAAAAACAGUGGAAGACCUUGCUACCUCCUUCAAUACCCGGAUGGAUGAGUUUCAAAGAGAAGUCCGGACAUCCAUACCAGCAGCAAGCCCAUCCUUUAAUAUAAAUGCGCAGUUUGGUGUAUUCAGGAGCUUUGUUAUGACAGCACUUGAAAACCUGCAGCUGCAACUCCAGCUUCUCUCUAGGCAACAAGAUGAUCUGGAUGUAAGGACACGGAGAAAGAUGCUGCUUGUACAUGGGGUUCCUGAGGCAAGCAGUGAGAAUCCAGGCCUGAACUGUGUAAGGUUACUGAGUGAGCGGCUUGCUUUGCCUGACAUAUCUGUAAGUGUUAUUAAGCAGUGCCAUCGGCUUGGCCGCCCAGCAGGCGACAAGCCUCGUCCAAUACUUAUAAAAUUCCAGGAUCAGGAUCUUCGAAAUAAAGUGUGGUUUUCUAAGACGAAGCUGAAGGGCAGUGGAUUCACAUUAUCAGAGUUCCUGACCAAAGGUCGACAUGAUGCCUUUAUUGCUGCUCGUAAACGUUUUGGUAUGACCCAGUGUUGGACCAGGGAUGGCUGUGUGGUAGUGCUUGGACCUGACGGCGCGCGGCACCGGGUUACAUCUGUUGCUGAGGUGAUCGCUAUCCCUGAUUCACGUAGUGGUACUGUUAACUCUGCGACGAGCUCUGCGACAAGCUCUGCGACAACCUCUGCGGCAACAAUUGCCCUCGUUACACCGAAGUCCAAUGUAACUGUUAGGGCCAGAAAACCCAUUAGGAAAUAACUUAUUGGAAAUAGGUGUCUGUUUAUCUUAUAUGUUUUGUGGUGUACAUAACCUUGUUUACUUUUCUUAUUUUUAAAAUUUAUGCUUCUUUGUUAUUAUGAAUUGCCUAUUAAACUGUAACUUUGCAAAUAGCAGGUAAUUUAAAUAAUUGACAAUUAUGUGCAGGUAAUUGAGUAAUUUCAAUUUCUUUGACAAUGAAUGACAUUGAUGGAAUUAAGGUAUGUCAUUCUUUCCACAGAUG